AUGGCCAUAUUUCGUCGCAUGGUAUCUCCUUCGUAUAUUAACUUACUCGCAUAUCAAGCUGAGGCUGAGCGUGCUCCGCUAAUAUCGCCACCCGACAUGAAUUCGUCGUUUCGGAACAAAGGAAAUUCACUGGAUAUAUCAUCAGUGAGCAAUAACGGGCUCAAUUUGUCACAUGCCUCAUAUGCUCCGCCUCCUAAGAAAACGCAUACUGUAGAAUCUCCACCGUAUGCCCGUUUGCGUCCUUUCACGUUUCACAUGGGCGAUCCAAUGUCCGUGAAAGGCAGUUCACCACAUUCCAAGUCACAAGGACUAAAUAGCUCUUUCCAGUCGGGUUACGCGAGUACGAAGCCGUAUGAUUUAUGGAAGAAGAUGGUCAGUACGACAACCACACGAUGCCCAUUGCUGUUCAGGUACUUCCCACAGACAGUCGUCCUGGUACGAUCUCAUUGCACGAAUACUCUUCUUUGGAGUAAGUUAUCACUAUGA